AUGGCUCACCGCAGAAAUUGGCGAUCUCCGGGCAAAACAAGCAACCGAGGAGAACUCAACAGCUUCAGAAAACGCAAUCUGGCAGAAACAUUCUGUGUGCACUUUCAACGUGGCAGGUGCCACUACGGUGAGAGGUGUAGAUUCUCGCACGAUGUGAAGAAGGCCUCCGACUUCAAGGCAAACCCGGCUGCAUACCAUCCCACAACCUAUGAUCUGGACGCUCGGAAUCAAUACUUCGACUGGAAGAGUCUUCUUAGAAAUGGGAUGUUAGGGUCUGGGUAUUCUCGAAGGGAACAUGAAGAGAUCGUUCAAUUCUGGAACGGGGCUCUUGAAAUUCUUGAAAGCGACAGCAGAGAGAAUCAUCAAUUCCUCGCUAAAGAUCUUGUAGACGACAAUCUUCAUGGACAUGAUUUCAUCCUGGCAACUGCGGAUGCAGACAAUCCAGAGGGAGUGCGACCUAUUCCAACUUACGACACGCAAUUUCUUAAAGUCAUUACCCAUACUUCUCUCCUAAACUGUCUUUCUGUCGAUUCAUUUGUUGGCAAUCUGUACACAUCCUUUGGUGGAACGAAUGGAGAUCGAGCAAUCAGAUAUCUGAGAAGUGUCUGCCGGAGCCUGCUGAGUAAAGGUGAAGCGACCAACGAAAAUGCGCCGGUCAUCUCUCUGGACACGAUUAAGUUACUGCUGGAUACCUUGUACCAGCUUUUGUCAAGAGUCCGACGCGCUCGAUUCCACGAUGAAAUUCCCGCACUGCUCGACCUAAUCCGCGAAGUGGCCUUCAAAAUUGCUGAAACAUGCUCGAAGGCCGACUUUGACGGACUUGAAAGCAGAAUAGAAGUCAUGCAGAGCCUGAUCUCUAGCGCAAACCGCAAACUUAUACACCCAGGAUACAUUGACUCAACAUUCCGACUCCUGCGCCAUGAUAUCUUCGGUUCAGCCAAAGAUGUCCUUCGAGAUCUGCUGCAGCAGAAUGAUUUGACUCAAUUUUCAUAUUUCUCAGGCAAAGAUAGCGGGGCACAUCUCUAUCUGGGAGCACAGACCCCCCACAUAUUUAUCAAUGAGAGAAAGGAGCUCGAAUCGACCGUGUCCUUUACUACUCCACCACAAGUCCGCAAAAAGUCAUCUAACGAGCAAUGCAGAUGGUGGCAAGACUCUAACCGAUUAGAGGAAGGAAGCCUAGUGUGUUUCUUGACGUCCCAAGCAACUCACAGGAGGCUUAUUUUCCUCGAGGUCACUUUGAAGAAUGCUUCCAAGGACCGAGCGCACCAGAACAAGAGUAGUCUUGUUUCUGAUAAAUUUCCACCUAGUAUUACGGUCAAGCUUGCGACAUGCCUACAACAAGAACUGAUCCUCCUGGCCGGGCUUUACAGCAAGAAGCUUACCGGUAUUCUGGUCGACUUCCAUGGCUUGAUCCCUGCCACGUUUGUCCCUAUCCUGAAAAACCUUCAACGAAUCCAACGCGAAGGAGAGUAUGCACUGCAGAUGAAUAGAUAA